AUGAUGGCGGAUAAAGAAAGCCCCAAAAAGCCAGUUGUUAAUAACAGCAAUAUCAAUUCUAAGAAAAAGAAGAAAAAGAAGAGAGGCGGUGCCAAGAGGAAAAUGACCCUUGAACAGACUGUGGCAUACAAAUCAGUCAGUGAAUGGGUUUUUUUGGACCGGUCUAAUGAUAAUAUCAAUAAUUCAAUGGGUCUUUUUGAUUCAGUUUUGGAUGAUUUUGGGGUUCAACGGUACCAGCCAAAGGAAAAGCUUGUCUUUGAAUUUCACUGUCACACGACAUGCAGUGAUGGAUUCUUGUCUCCUUCCAAGCUUGUAGAGAGAGCUCAUCAAAAUGGGGUCAAAGUACUUGCUUUAACGGAUCAUGAUACGAUGUCUGGCAUCCCCGAGGCCCUGGAAGCAGCACGCAGGUUUGGCAUCAAGAUUAUUCCCGGUGUUGAAAUUAGUACAAUGUUCACCGCAAGAGGGGAGUCAGGACCAAAAGAACCUGUUCACAUUCUCGCAUAUUACAGCAGCUGCGGGCCAAAAAAAGCGGAGGCAUUCGACAAGUUCUUAGGUAAUAUUAGAGAUGGACGCUUCAUCCGUGCAAAAAACAUGAUCUCAAAACUGAACAAGCUCAAGAUGCCUCUUAAAUGGGAAAAUGUAAUCAAGAUUGCAGGGAAGGGUGUUGCUCCAGGGAGGCUUCAUCUUGCUCGUGCUAUGCUUGAAGCUGGCCAUGUAGAAAAUCUAAAACAGGCUUUUACUCAAUAUCUUUAUGAUGGUGGACCUGCAUAUUCUAUGGGAAGUGAACCAGUGUCCGAGGAAGCAGUUGAAUUGAUAUGUGAAACGGGAGGUAUCGCAGUGCUGGCACAUCCAUGGGCACUGAAGAAUCCUGCCACCAUCAUCAGAAGACUGAAGGAAGCAGGCCUACAUGGGAUAGAGGCUUACAGAAGUGAUGGAAAACUAGAAGUAUACAGUGAUAUAGCCGAUGCACAAAAUCUUUUGAAACUUGGAGGGUCGGAUUUCCAUGGGAGGAGUGGUCAGCACGAGUCCGAGGUGGGAAGUGUGAGUCUUCCAGUGAUGGUGGUGCACGAGUUCCUUAAGGUGGCUCGACCAAUCUGGUGCAAUGCCAUCAAAGAAAUCCUAGAAACUUAUGUCAAAGACCCCUCUGAUUCAAAUUUGCAACUUAUCACAAGAUUUGGACGGAUGAAGGUUUCAAGGGGUAUUUCACCUUUCACGUGCACCACCGAGUUCAUAAAGCAAUGUUUGUCAAUGUGGUUGUCGAAGGAAGAAAGAGAGAGCACAGAGUUUGAGGCCAUCAAAUUGGAGCUUUGCUAUAUUUCAAUCAGUCGAACAGAGUUGGAGGCUCGUGCAGCAAGUAAAUAG